AUGCGGCUACAUUAUCCCACACAUCACCGAGGACCCACUCGCAUGGACUUCCAAAUACUCUAUGGGGCCUACGUCAGACCGCUCCUGGAGUACGCUAACCAAGUUGUCUACUCAGGACGUACGAAAGACGUUACCCUCAUUGAGCGUGUCCAGCGGGCCGCUACUAGAAUUGUUGCCGGCCUCAAAUCCAUGGACUACGAAACGCGUCUCGCGAUGCUUGAUCGCUUUCCCCUGGAUUAUCGUCGCCUCCGAGGGGACCUAAUUCUUACUUACGCCCUGUUUGAACAAAGCUUGGCAAACAGGUUUUUUACCGUUGACCCAGCAAACACCCGGCGAGGACAUAGUGAACGACAGCCACUGACCGACAGGAACAAAACCGACCCGGGAAACUUGGGCAAAAGCCUCGAUCCUGUGUAUCAAUCCGUCGUGUAUCCGGCUAACGAGCUCCUAAAACCCUUGGUUCCAAUCGGGGACAUGCCGAAAACUUAUCCUUUCACUCUAGAUCCUUUUCAACAACAAGCCAUUUUGUGUAUUGAUAACGGGCAAUCUGUUCUCGUUUCUGCCCACACAUCUGCUGGCAAAACUGUUGUCGCCGAGUAUGCAGUUGCUAGGAGUUUGAAGAGACGCCAACGGGUCAUCUACACAACACCUAUUAAGGCUCUGAGUAAUCAGAAAUUCCGGGAAUUUACUGCGGAAUUCAAAGAUGUCGGGCUGAUGACUGGAGAUAUCACAAUCAACCCGGAAGCAACGGUGUUAAUUAUGACAACACAACACCAGGCUCUGAGUAAUCAGAAAUUCCGGGAAUUUACUGCGGAAUUCAAAGAUGUCGGGCUGAUGACUGGAGAUAUCACAAUCAACCCGGAAGCAACGGUGUUAAUUAUGACAACAGAGAUUUUACGCUCAAUGCUUUAU